CGGCCAGGCCCGGACAGGCUGCUGGCUUCGGGCGUCCGGCCCGUGUCCCUGCUACUGGCACAAGCCGAGCUGCGGGGGCGGGAUGCUGUCAAACAGCAGAGACUUGGACAGAGGCCACGAAGGAGCAGUCAUUGUGCCAGAGGUGUUGGGAGAGACUGUGAGCAACAAUGGAAAUGAAGCUGCCCACGCUCUGAGUGAAGGCUGUCCGUUGAGCAGGGUGUCAGGACCAGAAGCAAAACUAGAAGGUUCUGAGCAAAAAUCUGAAGAGAAAACUAUUGAGAAUGCAAUUGGCCAGAGGCAGAGUAAAGACAGCUUGAAUGACUACAGCACUGGAGACACCCUCCAAAAAGUGCAAAAAGAUGUUAAAACUGAAGAGAAAGCUAUCACCUGCACAUCCAGAGCAGAUCAACGGAAUGAACAAAAAUUGGUUGAUGAUCACAAGUCAGUAAUCAGCUCAUUCAGUCAAAAGACGGAAGAAAAAGGGGGCUGUGUGAGAAUGACAAAAAAGAUUCUGCAAGACAUUUGUAAGCAGCACAAAUUGUACUUGACCCCAUCCUUAAAUGAUACGCUUUACUUGCAUUAUAAAGGAUUUGACCGCCUGGAGAAUCUUGAAGAGUAUACUGGAUUGAGGUGUUUGUGGCUGGAAUGCAAUGGCUUAACAAAAAUUGAGAAUUUGGAGGCUCUGACAGAGUUGCGCUGCCUCUACCUGCAGCUCAAUUUAAUUAACAGAAUCGAAAACCUGGAAUCCUUACAAAAGCUGGAUUCCCUCAAUCUAAGUAACAACUAUGUCAAGACCAUUGAGAAUCUCUCUUGUCUAAAAGUCCUGAACACUCUGCAGAUUGCUCACAAUAAGUUAGAAACAGUGGAAGACAUACAACACUUGCAAGAAUGCCCAAGUAUUUCUGUUCUCGAUCUUUCCCACAACAACAUAAGUGAUCCAAAUAUUGUAACUAUUCUGGAGACAAUGCCUAAUUUGCAUGUGCUGAAUUUAAUGGGAAAUCAAGUGAUUAAGAAAAUCACUAAUUAUAGAAAAACACUCACUGUUCGACUAAAACAGCUAACGUAUUUGGAUGACAGACCAGUAUUCCCAAAGGAUAGAGCCUGUGCAGAAGCCUGGGCUGUUGGAGGGCUUGAAGCUGAGAAGGCAGAAAGGGAAAAAUGGGAAACUAGAGAGAGAAAAAAAAUACAAGAUAGCAUUGAUGCUUUAGCUGCAAUCAGGCAAAAAGCAUUGGAAAAGAAGACACAGAAGUAUAUAGAAGAAAGAGAUGCAGGUGCAAAACAUGGAAAUGAAGGUGCAGCAGACAUCAUAGAAGGAGCAUCUGCAAAUUCAGGUAACGAUGAAAAUUACAGUACAUCAGAGAUAUCAAAUUUAUCAGAACAGCAAGAAACUCACGAGAAGACAGAGAGAUUUGGAAAUGAAAAUUUUUAUGCUCAUGAUGAUGUGAUAACGCUCCUAACAGACAGAGGAGAUAACACUGACUUCCCAUCUGGAAAGAUUUCUGAGGGUGCACAUGAAUCAAAUUCUUACAAAUGCUCAGACUUCAACAGGAAGAUAGAUGAUCUUCCAAGAGAGAAGACAGCUUCUGAAAGGUCUGUGGUUCCUGAAAUGGCUGAGUAUGCUGAAAUCGAACAGAUCAAAUGUGAGACACCAGAGAAACUUCGACUUGGUGUAUGUAUUAGAUUCAGGUAUUUGAUUCAGAUUUUGGUUUGGUUAUUGUCUACUCCCAGAUUAACUCCUUUAACAUCCUGGCUAGACAAAGUAUAUGGCUAGGUUUCCAAGAAAAGUCCACUACUAGGAAAAGUAGAAGAAAAAAAAAAAUUAAGUGGAAGGAAUUUACUACUGUUACCGAAGUCUGUUCUGUCCUUUGGCUAUUAGAUAGCCCAAAGUUGAAGUUCUAGGUCUGUGAUUUCUCUGUGGAGAGAGUUAGCAAGGACUUUAAUGUGAAAAAUAGAAAUUGCAAUAGAAAGAAUCCAGGGAGUAAAUACAUCCUUCUAAGGAAAACUCCAAUAAAGUAUUCAUUUGAAAAGAGAAACAAUCAUAGGAAAAACAUAAGGAACACAUAGCCACCCAGUUACUGUCAAUGUUAGCUGGUAAUAUUAGAUACUAUAAUUAGUUCUCAAAACUCACAAGCAUAUUUCCAAGAAAAGCAGCAUGUGCAUGUUUUGGGUAGGUAAUAAAGGAUUAGCAUUUCUAAUGUAUUCUUGUUUUCUAAGAUUUCUAUCUGAUGAUGCAAACAUUUAAACAUUUCAUCACGUUUAGCCACAAGGACCUGAGUGUGACCACCGAGAAAUACAAUUUGAGUGCAAAGGAGUAUCAUUCAAUAUAUUCUAGUUACAACCCAACUGCAAAACUGACAGUGCCAGAUUAUGACACAACUGCUAACUGUUGAGUUUGCAAUUUUCCAGAGUAGUUAAUAUCUCUUGUGCAACAUUGCUAACUAAAUUCUUAUUGAAAUGCUUUAGAAAAGUCAGUUACAUCUCUUCUGUGCUCUUAAUGUCCUAGGAAAAAAAAACCAUCCUAUUACUGUAAGGCUCAACUCAUUGUUUCAGUAAGGGCUUACUGCUGCAUCUUCCUAUUCAGGUGUUUUUGAUAAUAGACUUAACAAGGAUAGUGGAGAGAACUGGCAGCAAUUCCAAGUAUAUACAAUGUGAUUUUCAUAAGCAGAACCCGCAGGGCUGAAAUACAAGCUCUUUUCUUGGUGCUGUAUGGCACCAUUGUGUAACACAGUAUAAAAGAAAUGCUUCAGCAUGCCUACAUGGAGUUUCUUCCAUCACAUAAGAAAAACCCAACAAAUCUCAUACUAAUGCAUGUUUUAGUGUUCUAUGCUAUGCUGUUCUACAACUGAUACUUAAUAAUUUAUUGUCAGGAACUUCUGGCAGCAGCCUCCAAUACUUACGCUAUUGCAGAUUUUCCGGAGACAUUUAGCACUGACAUAGCAGGGGAUGGCUGUGAAGAUGCUGUAAAUUAGAAUUUCUGAAGAAGCACUGUAGUCUGUAUUUGUCUGUGGACGGUCUCAGUAGUAAUACAAGUGAGAAGAGUGGGGGAAGAUUUAUAGUGCGGUGGAUCUGACGUCCCUGUGUCGCGCAGAAACAAGUCAGACGUGCACAGACUGGUUUUCGUGCAUAAUCUUUGGCAGUGUUUGAACUAACAGCUAUUUCCCUUUUGACACCAAACUCAGUAACAGUCACCUCCAAAUCUUAAUGCAUGCAUUUUCCAUUAUUUUAUUCUAAAACGAUGUGAAUUCAGGAUAUGCUACACUAGCCACAACCACAUCAGGAAACAGAAGUUUUGUUUUGUUUCUGUAACAGCCUUCACAUACAAGACUGUGCAGAUCAGAUGAUUCUGAUGCUGCUGUGCCAAGUGAAUAGCUAUACAAAACCAGUCAGCUCUAAAACAGUACUAAAGGAGGUGCUUUUACCAGCAUUAGCCAGCAUUGAGAAAUUGCUAGAAAGGUAUUACAUUCUACCUGACAUUUUGUAUUUUACCCUCUAUUUUUGCUUUCACUGUCAGCAACUGGCAUGUGAUUUAGAAAAUGUUUUUUAAUGGAAACCUGUUCAAGGGAAAAAAUUCUCAGCAAGUUUCCAGUUCCGUUUCCUUAAUUACAUGGCAUUCACAGUAAAACAUUGUUUUAUUAGUUGUAUUUAGGUUAACAGAAUUUACUGAGAAAUUGUCUCAAAAAGUCAGAAGAUCUUGUUUUGGCUUUUACCAAAAGAUGAAUUACAGUUAAGAUUAAGUAAGUCUAUUGAUAGAUACAAGACAACCAACAGACGUAAACCACAUUUCCUUUUAAAAUCUUGUUAGUGUCUUCUUGUCUAUCCAUUUUUCUUCCUC